AUGGCGCUCAGCAGAGCCCGGGGUAUCCUGAGCAGGCAGGGCACUCCGCGUUUGGACAGCGGCGCUGUGGACUUGAAAGACUAUCUUAGGAAGCCCAAAGAGUUCCCCGAGACCCCAGGGCACACCGGAAGCUCGAAAAGUGCUCUAUAUCGCAGCAUAAAGAAGUUUGUGGUGUUUCCCCAAGGCAAAGGUGGCCAAGCAACGGCUGCGUUAGUCGGCCCGGCCGCGGCACGCAACGCGUUGAGUGCGAUAAAACCUGCAUCCCGCGUGUCGGAAAAAACGCGCCGGACCGUUAAUUUGACCGCCUUGAACUCGGCAAAGGCGUCGUCAAACGCGUCACUGGCUGCGGCGUUGCGGCAUGGCAGCAACGCUCCAUGCACCGGCCACCAAAACGCAGACCCAGCAACUAAAUGCGGUGCUGCCAGCCACUCCGACGCGCAAUACGCAGUGGACGAGGAAGUGGAAUACCAACUGCUGAGAUAUGAGGGUGUGGAUCCACAGCUGAUGUCGUCCGUGAAGGAGGUGCGUGAGCUGCUGCUGUCAGACGCCUCGGCGUUUGGCGCCGCCGCUCCACAUGCGAUCCAACCGCCGGUUGCGAACAGCAAGCACUACAUGAUAAGUCCCGCGCACAUGUCGUUUCUGCUGCAUCGGAUCAAAGCGUUGACCGGCCGGGACACGUGCAGCAAAGAGGAGCUGCUGCAGCGCGUGCUGUCGUUUUUGGAAACCGGCAGCAUCGAAACUGCGGGGGAUACCGGCGCCACGUGGAGCUACAAAGCGUCAAACAGAACGCUGAUAUCCGACAAGUCGCUGGAUGAUGACCUCCAGAGCCUGCUCAGCUCCAUCCAGUCCAGGGCGUCAGCGGCCUCGUCGCAGCCACCUGCUUCCGCUGCAGCUGCCGAGUCAUCAGCCACAAACGCCAACCACAGCGCCCCCCGUGAUACCACAAACAGUGCAUAUCGUGCUGAUGCUUCAGAUUCAAAAAUUUGUGCCCAACUGGCCCAGCUGGACUACUCCCGGGCUGCAGAGCGCUCCGGCAGCAACCGGAAAGCGGUGACUAGCAACCAGGUUACCGUGCAACGUCUCACCGCCGACACCAUCGCCUCAUAUCUCAAUGUAGAUGCAAACAAGAUCAUUUCACUCGUGGAGGAGCUGGAUUGCGACCCCGCCCAUCUGAGCGUUGACGAGGCCAGCUUCAUCGUUGAGGAGCUCGGGAUCCCGUUUCGAGUCGACUUCGCGGAAUCGCGCGAGGGCGUCACCAUCUCGCGCGCCACCAAGAUGGAGGUCAAGCGCUCCCUGGUGGUGACCAUAAUGGGCCACGUCGACCACGGGAAGACCACUUUGCUGGACACCCUGCAGAGGUCUAAUAUCGCCGCUGGGGAGUCCGGCCGUAUCACGCAGAAGCUGGGGGCGUUCAAAAUCCAGCUGGAGCGCGGUCCUCUGGUGUUCGUCGACACCCCCGGCCACGCUGCGUUCGGGCGUAUGCGCGACCGUGGCGUGCGCUGCGCCGACGUGGUGAUCCUCGUCGUGGCGGCCGACGACGGGGUGAUGCCGCAGACGCGGGAGGCCAUCGAGCUCAUCCGGCGCAACGAUCUGCCGUACGUGGUCGCUGUGAACAAAAUCGACAUCGACGCGGGCUUGCACGUGCGCGGUAUGCUGGAGGAUUGCGGGCUCGACCUGUCAGACGUGCCCGUAGUGUACAUUUCUGCCAAAUCCGGCAAGAACGUGGACGAGCUCGCCGGGGCCCUGUUUGACUUGGGUGAGCGUUUGAAUCUGACGGUCGACGCGUCCAUGCCAGGCGCUGCGUACGUCUUCGAGACCGAACGCCACCCGACUUGGGGUGAUUGCCUGCGGACGAUCGUGAGGAGCGGCGUGCUGCGCGAGGGCGACUGGCUGGUCUGCGGCGAGUCCUACGGCAAGGUCAAGCGGAUGUUCGACCCGAACGGGCGCCCUGUCAAGCAGGCGUUUCCGUCGGACAUAGUGCAGGUAAGCUGGCCGUACAGCACGCCGUGCGCGGGUUUGUUCGUGCAGCAGCGCGAGUCCCAGGCCAAGGCCCAGAAGCUCGCGGCAUUGGCGAAACGCAGGUCGGCAAAUGCCAGCCACCGCUUGACCGCAGCUCCGUCAGCGGGUACAGCCACCACAGCCGCACCCACCGUCGUGGGCGAUGGUGGGCGUAGGCCGACGAAGGGCGAAAGGUUAGACGCCAAACCGAUCCCGGAGCUCUGCGUCGUGCUGCGCUGCGGCGACCAGGGCGGGUUGGACGCUGUGCUGGAGUGGAUCGCGGAGUUCAACGAGCGCAAGCGCGCUGACUGUGACGUCAGCCACCUGAAAGAUCGCGGCUAUGUUGAAACCCACACUACCGACGUGACGCCGCUAUUGUCGUCGUGGAACCCAAUUCGCGUCGUCUCCAGCAACGUCGGCGCUUUCAACCGCAGCGACUCGCAGUUCGUGGAGGCGGGCAACGUGGCGUUCCUGGGGUUCUCCACUCCGCCGCCCAAGGGAAUACCGGUGCCCGAGCUGACGCGCACCCACAACGUCGUGUACGAGCUGUUCAACGACAUUGAGCGCAUGUUCGACUUUUAUUUCGGGCCCACGUACGUGUUGAAGCAGGAGGCCAGCAUGAGCGUGACCCAGGUGGGCAGCAUCAGCCUGAAGGGCGUGGGCAAACGGCAGGCCGUGGGCACCAGCGUGCUGUCGGGUACGGUGCGCCAGGGCAACCUGUGCAUGCUGAUUCGCGAAGGCAAGGUCCUUGCGCGUGAGCUUGCCAUCGCGUCGAUGCAGUCCUCGCGCAAAAACGCCACCGAGCUGCUGAAGGGCGACAACAACAACUGCCUGGUCUUCCGCAACUGCGACACGGAGGCCAAGCUGGGUGACGAGAUCGUCUCGUACACCAAGGAGCCCCUGCCUCCUCUGUUCGGCGUGGUGUCCGAAAGCAUUCUACAGUGA